AUGGACAGCGAAACAGCACUGAGAAUACUGAUCGAACAAGUCAAACAGAUGCGGCAGCAACACGCUGUCGACCUGCAGAGCAUUCGGUUUUUUCUGACCUGGCUCAAGGGGGCAUCACUCGCUUGGUAUACCCAACUGCCAGCGAGAUCAAUCGACAGCUUUGACACCCUGGUCAGACGGUUUACGACACAAUAUGCAACAAGCCGACCUCAUCACGUCACAUCAGCCGCACUAGCCAAUCUCAGACAGGGCGAAGACGAACCACUGAGGACGUUCAUGGAGCACUUUGCUAGCAUCUCGGUCAAGAUUCAAAAUUUGAAUCCUGAGGUCGCCCUACACGCCAUGCUCAAGGCACUCAAGCCAGGACCGUUCGUUGAUAGCCUGUGUCGGCGACCUCCUGUUGACAUGGACGAACUCCGUGCUUGA